AUGAACUACCACAACAUGAACCUUCUGUGCAAAAUGGGUGGCUAUUUUUCUCAGCAAUGUCCCAGCGAAACAACUGAUUUCAGAUUCCCCACGGAGAUUACCAAGAUCACACAGAAGAAUGUCACAGUGAUCACCUAUAAGUUCCUCCAACAGAUCUUCCAACUAUUUAGCAAAAAUCUUCCUGUUGGUGCUUGGAAUACAAGCAACAUCGAGAAAUUCCAAAAUGGAAUUCAUCAUCAAAUUGAAGAAUUAGAGAUAUGUUUGUCAGAAGAGCUAUCAAAAGCAAGAAACAGCUUUCAAACAUGGAUCCUAAGAAGCUCUACACUCAGCAUGAAAAAGUACUUCCAAAGAAUCACCAAUUUCCUGAAAGAUAAGCAAUACAGCUACUGUUCCUGGGAAGCAGUCCAAAUGGAAUUGAGAACAUGCUUUAUAAUUUUUGACAGUCUUAUGAAAAACACACGUUAUAAAGAGUAUAAAAAAGUUUUGUGGUCUUUCCACAGAAUACGCCAAUUGCUUUAUGACUUGAAACUCUUGCAUUUGGACACUGCAUAG